UCAAAUGUCAUUCAAACUAAGUACACAUACGACCUCUCAAUCAAAGUUUCUAUGCCGAGUUAAAAGAAGAGAGGAACCAUGUCUCAUCCUCCAUGGAAACAAGACGUAUUCGUGAGUUUCGUGAAGGAUGAACCGGGAAAGACCUUCAUAUCAAACCUCUUCGAACGUCUGCACCAGGUGGGGAUUGGCCACUUCGUAGAUGACAAAAGAGAGGGCGCUACAAAGAACAACGAGGCCGAGCGCCUCCAUGCAAUCCGCCGGCUGACGUUUGCCUUCGCCCUUGUCGUGUUCUCCAAGAAGUAUGUUGACUCCAGCCCGUGCCUGAACGAGCUGGUCGAGAUCCUCUACUGCCAAAAAGACCCCAAACUCGUGGUAAUUCCCAUCUUUUACAUAGACAGGGCAGGCGUUUCAAACUUGGCGAGUAAUAACAAAUUCAAGGAAGCUCUCAGAAGCAGGAGAAAGACAGAGACAGAUGCUCAGAAGAGGUGGAGUGCCCUAGCGAAGGCGGGUUACGAGUUGAAAGCCGCCAAAGGCGAUGAAUCGAAGCUCAUUGACAUAAUAGUCGAGCGCCUUGUCAACAAGAUCCAUUCUCAAUAUUCCGGUAAUGAUUUCACCUUCGGGCCUUUUGGAGGCGAAGGUCAAAAUAACUGGAAAACUGUUGAUAUAGAAAGGGGAUUUAUAGAAAGGGCAUUCAUGUUGAGUACGGAGACUUCAUCGAGUCCGUUACUUUUAAAGUCCACAAGAAGACCGUCUUCAAACCGCAAAAUGACGGGAAGAGCUUCGUGGUUAAAUUGGAAAGAGGAGAGUACAUAACUUCUUUUUCUGGGUAUUUCCAAAAGGUGAAUGGUGUUUAUAAGGGAAUCAACUCUCUCACAUUUCGAACCAAUAAAAGGAUAUUGGGACCUACUAAUAAAAUGAAAUUGGAAGGGGAGUACUUUUCCGUACCAUCCAAAGGAGGGAAAGUCGUACAGCUUUUGGUGAGUGGUAAUAAUAAUGGGUUUCUCACAUCUAUUGGAGCACGUGUCAAGCUACAGUCCGAGAAUUCCCGUUCUGCCAGCGUCCAGUCUGUGGGCUUAAUCGGGAGUAAAAUAAGGUCAAUCUAUUCAAAGUGGGAUGAUGGCAAUCAACACACCGACGUAAGGAAAAUCAUUUAUGAACUUGAUUCAGAGGGAGGGCGAUUCAUCCAGUCAAUCGCGUUUGAGUAUCAAGAGAAGGAUGGAGGAACGUGGCAAUCGGAGACGCAUGGGGUCAAGGGUGGAAAGAAGGAGAAGUCGAUUGAAAUGGGUACAGGGGAGUAUCUGACUUUAAUGUCCGGAUAUUGGACGGAUCAUGGCAUUAAACGUCUCAGGUUUCUGACUAACAAAAAUAGGCCCAUAACUAUUGGUGAUGAGAAUGGAAUCGACGAGGGAGACAGAGUCUGUCUCCCAACGGGUGGCAAAAUUGUCGGAUUCUACGGGUGGGAUUUUGGAAAGCUUCGUGGAAUUGGAGCAUAUUUCGAAGGGCAGCCAUUUGCAGGUGAAGAGGAUCGGGAGGAAAAUAAAUUUGACGGUGUGAGGGAAAUUUACGUAAUGCCCAUGCCCGACCAAAGUGGUUUCCGUUAUAUCAGGUUUCUGUUUGAUAACGGUAGUGAAGAAGGUCUCGAACGUAUUCACGGUAAGUGGACUGGAGAAGUCUUCGGGGAAAAACAGGUUCAAUUGAAGGAUUAUCCACGGGAGUACUUAACAUCGAUCUCUGGUUAUGUGGGAGAGGAUGGUGCCAUCAAAUCGCUCACAUUUUACAGUAAUAGAGGAACACGCGGUCGCUACGGCAAGGAGGGCGAUGGGAAGUACUUUUGGUAUCCAUCAACCGGAAGCAGAAUCACAGGCUUUUAUGGAACAAAUGGCGAGACUCUCAAAUCCAUAGGAGUGUAUGCGGAGCCCAUACCGUACAUAUAUCCUUCUAAAAUCUCGCUACAAUUUGGUGGCUCAGGUGGAAAAGAAUGGGAUGAUGGAGUGCAUACUAAUGUGAGGGGAUUUCGGGUGAUCGCCUGCAAGGCCAACGAAAAAAUUGAGUCCAUCACUUUUAUGUACGAUGACAAUGGUGUCUUGGUCGAAGGCUCUCCACAUGGCAGACAAGACGUGUCUUCGGGCAAAUGGAUCUGGCUGGAUUUUCCCUACGAGCGUCUAACUUCGAUAGGUGUCUGGACGGGACCCUUUGAACGUAAGACUAUCAUCCGCGGCCUGAGAAUAACUACCGUUCCUGGAUUCGCCGAUCCUGUAACUCACCAAUACGGGCAGUGCGAAAAAGAGCCAGCGGGCUUUACUAUAAAAGAAGACCGUCAUAAGAUUGUUGGCUUUUUCGGAAGGAAGGCGGAAUCACAUAUUAUUUCCAUUGGAGCGCAUUUGGAAAAAAUUUAGAUUAAACCCCCUCCCGCUCACAACCUUUCUUUUUCGUCCUCUUUGGCUUGUGAUUGCAAGAACCUUCUUUGUUUCUCUUUUCAGAUGAUGAUGGCAAGCGUUGCCCAUGGCCAGUUUCUGUUUGAAUAAAAUAAAAUAAUGGUUGGAUUUAAGCAUGUUGGUUGCUGGUUUCUAGAUUUGGUCGUUUUGAUGUUCUUCAAAGAAAGUCUGGAUUCAUGGUAGGCGCCCGAUGAAGAAUGAAGACAAAAAACUACAAGCAUUUAAUGAAGAAGAUCUACUAAGCAUGAAGACAAGGAAUGCCAGCAAAGGUCAUUGAAGAGUUCCCCACGGAUUGCUAUGUUUGUCUUCAAAUGCAUUUAUUGAAUUGACUUUGUUUGUGUGCCCUUGUUAACUUUGUGUGCUUUCUUGUUUUUCUUCA